UUGAAAUUACAGAUUAAUUUAGUGGGUAUUUACUGCAAUUUAGUUCUCUGAAAAAUCUUGAUAAAAAGUAUUGGAAGUUACUUAAUGUCAGCUUAUGGUAAUGGUGAAGGAUCUUCGUGUUGAAUUACCCUAUCUUCUAUAAGUGAUUUUGAUUUGAAAAGAAAGUAUCCUGAGUUAAUGAAGUAUCAUAAUAGUGUUGAAAGGACAGAGAUAAGUGAGUACGACAUAAAUGGGAAUAUGGAAUUGCCUGACACUGCUGAAGCAGCUCCUUACCACGAAAAAAAGACAACUGCUUCAAAUGAGUGCUCUUCUACCGUCUCCAGACCCAUGCCAAAAAUUGCUGUAAAAUCAGAUAUUUUUGAAGAAAGUUGUUCAGAGGAGGUGAAGCAAGUUUCACCUUCCGUCUCCGUGACCGCUUCUGCCUCAGAUGGUCGUUGCAGUGAUGAUGUAGUUGUGUUGGAGGAAUUUGACUGUAAAAGGGAAGUGAAAAAUGCAUCUCCUGAGGACAGUAAUAGCAGUGGAGUAGGUCAGAAGUUUGAUAUAGCAAGUGUUAGUGGUAAAGACAGUAGUAAUCAGAGAAAAAUUACAGAUUACUUUCUCAAGAUGAAGGAGUGUGAUAAUGUGAAAAAAAUUCCAGGGGAAACUCAAGGCACCAAUGUGAAAGAAAUGCAAAGAGAAACCCGAAGUGCCAAUGUGAAAGAAAUCCAAAGAGAAACCCGAAGUGCCAGUGUGAAAGGAAUCCAAAGAGAAACCCGAAGUGCCAGUGUGAAAGGAAUAUCAAGAGAAAUUCAACGUGGCAAUAUGAAGGAUAUCCCAAGUAAAUCUCAAGGUGACAAUGUGAAAGAAAUCCCAAGAGAAACUCAAGGUGGCAGUGUGACAAAAGACCCUGAAGUAAGGCAAGGUGAUACCAAGAUGAAUAAAAGAGGAAGAAAAGUGAAGUCAGACAGCACUCCGCGCACUACAUCUGCCCAAGCCAAACGGAAAAGAAGCUUUGAUCCCAUUAACUACCAGAAUAAUCUGCAGAUGGAACGCUAUAGAACUUUCCUAGUGUAUUUGAAGGGUGCGCUGUCUUUUUUGUCAUCAUCUAAUUUUGUUCUGAAUUUGAGAUGUCCAAUGCACAAGGAAUUUGGAGAGGAAAACCAGAAAAUGCUGUGUCAAUCGUGUGGCUGGCCCAAGAAUAUAUUAUUAGCCUUUUCCGAUUAUGAUACUCAACUUGCAAUGCUACAAAGUUGUCAAGAUUCUGUAUUGAAGAUGCAGGAUUUAGUUAUAGCCCCAUUUAAUAUGGGAGUUGGUGAUUUGAUAUUUUGGAUGUGUAAUAAUGAUGGCAGUAGUCAACCAAAUAAGACAGGUGUACAGAUGGGGAUGCAAGUAAAUCCUCUCAUGAUGGCUCAUCCUGCACAAGAAGAAGAUAUGGAAGAAGAUGAAGAUAUGGGAAUUGCUGAAACCUAUGCAGACUACAUGCCCUCAAAGUUGAAAAUUGGUAUCAAGCAUCCUGACCAGGUAGUAGAAACUGCCUCCAUGUCAUCAGUAGAACCACCUGAUGUUUGGUACGAAAUGAACAUUCCUGAUGACUCAAUCAACUCGGGAAAAUUGUCUGCUCUCCAGUUAGAAAGCAUAACCUACGCUUCACAACAGCACGAACAUUUUCUUCCCGAUGGGUCAAGAGCUGGGUUUCUUAUUGGUGAUGGUGCUGGUGUAGGUAAAGGCCGAACAAUAGCUGGCAUAAUUUAUGAAAACUAUCUCAAGGGUAGGAAGAAAUCCAUAUGGGUGUCAGUGUCUAAUGAUCUGAAAUACGACGCUGAACGAGAUUUGAAAGACAUUGGUUCUGGACACAUACAUGUGAAUUUUCUUAGUAAAAUGAAAUAUGGUAAGAUAAAUUCCGAUCUAAAUGGAAAUGUGAAGAAAGGCGUUCUGUUUUCGACGUAUUCAGCUCUGAUUGGAGAGUCGUCCAGUGGGCAAGGCAAAUACAAGACACGGUUAAAGCAGAUCUUGAACUGGUGUGGUGAUGACUUCGAUGGUUGUAUUGUGUUUGAUGAGUGUCACCGUGCCAAAAAUCUCUGUCCUGUUGGGUCUGGAAAACCAACAAAAACUGGUACAACAGUUUUAGAGUUACAGAACAAGUUACCAAAGGCCAGAGUUGUGUAUGCCUCUGCCACUGGAGCAUCUGAGCCAAAGAAUAUGGCAUAUAUGGUCCGUUUAGGAAUUUGGGGGAAAGGCACCCCUUUCCCAGAAUUCACAGACUUCAUCAGUGCAGUCGAAAAAAGGGGUGUUGGUGCUAUGGAGAUUGUGGCUAUGGAUAUGAAGCUUCGAGGAAUGUACAUAGCGCGACAGUUGAGUUUCCAUGGCGUAGGCUUCAGAAUAGAAGAAGUUCCUCUGGAUGAAGACGUUAAACACAUGUAUGAUGAGUCAGUGAAAUUGUGGGUGACAGCAAGACAGAGGUUUCAGGAGGCAUCAGAACUUAUCAAUGCUGAGAAAGGCAUGAAGAAAUCAAUGUGGGGACAGUUUUGGUCUUCACAUCAGCGGUUUUUCAAAUAUUUAUGUAUAGCAUCAAAGGUUGAUCAUGCUGUACGUUUGGCACGUGAGGCUGUAAAAACAAACAGAUGUGUUGUGAUAGGUCUUCAGUCGACAGGUGAAGCUCGUACACUGGAACAGCUAGAGAAAGAUGAUGGUGAAUUGUCAGACUUCGUCUCCACAGCAAAAGGUGUGUUUGAGUCCCUAGUUGAGAAACACUUCCCAGCCCCAGAUCGAAAUAGGAUUAACAAAAUUUUAGGAAUAUCUGAGACCAGUAAAGAAUUCAAAGAUAUCAUCGAUGAAGUCACGGGAAAGACGUCUAAACGAAAGCCAGUUCGACAAGCCGCUCAGAGAGCUGCAAAGAGAAGAUACAAGGAAAUGUAUUCAGAUAAUGAGGACAAUUCGGAUUUUGAAGUGUCAGGUGAAAGUGGUCAGGAAGAUGAUGAUGAAGAUGCAUAUUCAUCAGAAGCUUCUUCAGAUUUCUCAGGAAUUAGUGAUUUUGAUGAUGAAGAUACUUGGGGCCGUCCAAAAAAACGUGGCAAAGCCAAAAACCACAAGCAGAAGAACGGAAAGCGUCGUCAAGAGAAUGGCGAAAAACCCCCUCCCCCACCCAAGGAUCAUGUUGAGAAAGCAAAUAAGUAUAAAACUGAGCUCUUGAAAUCAAUCGACAACUUGGGACGUAAGCUGCCACCUAACACCUUAGAUCAGUUGAUAGAUGAGCUUGGGGGUCCUGAAAAUGUUGCUGAAAUGACAGGAAGAAAAGGAAGAGUGGUACAAGGUGAUGACGGUCAAGUUCAGUAUGAAUCGCGUUCAGAAGUAGACGUUUCCCUAGAAAUUUUAAAUAUUAAAGAAAAGGAAAGAUUUAUGAAUUCAGAAAAAGACAUAGCCAUUAUAUCUGAAGCUGCCAGUUCAGGUAUUUCACUGCAAAGUGAUCGCAGAGUUAAAAACCAGAGGAGAAGAGUACAUAUCACCCUUGAGUUACCAUGGUCUGCAGAUAGGGCUAUCCAGCAGUUUGGUCGAACUCACAGAAGUAAUCAGGUUAAUGCACCUGAGUAUGUAUUCCUAAUUUCGGAAUUGGCUGGAGAGAGGCGGUUUGCUUCUAUCGUUGCAAAAAGAUUAGAAAGCUUGGGUGCACUGACCCAUGGUGACAGAAGAGCAACAGAAUCUCGUGAUCUUUCUUCGUUUAACAUAGAUAACAAAUAUGGUCGCAUGGCCCUGGAAUCAACCAUGAAGACCAUGAUGGGCUAUGAACAUCCUAUAGUACCUCCACCGGAAGAUUACAAAGGAGAUUUCUUCUCAGACAUCCAGAAUGCCUUAGUUGGUGUUGGAAUCAUUACCAAAGAAGAUAACAUUUAUCAGUUAGAUAAGGACUACAAUAAUAUGAGUAAAUUCCUCAAUAGAAUAUUAGGUAUGCCUGUUGAACUCCAAAAUAGAUUGUUCCAGUAUUUUACUGAUACAUUAGCAGCUAUAAUAAGCCAAGCAAAGAGAACUGGGAAAUAUGAUAUGGGAAUUUUAGAUUUAGGCAUUGGUGGAGAAGGCUGCAAGAAGACAAAAACUAAAACGUGGGUCGGAAAGCACGCAACUGGAACAGCCAAGACAGAAAUUCACACAGUCCUCGUUGAGAGAGGUCUCUCUUGGGCAGAGAUUCAAGAGAAGUGGGCUGAACUUACUGGAGAUUUAGAAGGAUUUUAUAUAUCACAUCAGGUACGAAAUAAUAAGAAAACUGCAGUCCUUGCUGUCUUGGAACCUUCAGCAGCUAAUAAGAAAAAAGAGAAAAAUGCUAGAAUGUUCAUUCUCUACCGGCCAAGUACAGGAAUGCAGAUGAAGCAGGAAUCGUAUUCAGAUUUAAAGAAAAAGUACAAGAAAGUAACACCUGAUGAAGCUCAAGAGCAUUGGGAAGAGCAGUAUAAAGCUUCUAGUCACACUUGUUCUCAUGCUUAUUGGCAAGGUAAUUGUCGACGAGUGAACAGUGGACUUGAAUGUGAAAUCGGGUUGCGUCGCCGUACUUACCACGUGUUGUGUGGCUUGGUGCUGAAUGUAUGGGCAAAAGUCGAGGAUGUUCUUGCUUCUUCACCUCAUUCUUCUACAAAGAUGCAAGUUGUUCGACUCAAAACCAGUGAUGGCAUAAAACUUGUAGGAACCCUCAUUCCAAAUAACCUUAUUGGAAGAUUGUCUGCCGUCUUGGAAGAAGAGAGCACAGAAUCGUAUGAGGAAACCUUCACGGAUGAUGAUAGUAAAGAUAGUACUGGCACUGACGUUAAAGAAUAGAGAGAAGUGUGAGCGAGUCAAGCCACUCAUUAGUAUGUGGCAAUACAGGACUUCUUAUCAGGAAAUGUAACUUUUUAUUAUAUCCAUUUUCUAAAUGAUUUUGAAGUUAUGUUGUGAAGCAUGAAAGUGAAACUGAUUAGUACGAAAAAGUCUGUAGUUACUGCUAAAGAGAGAAAAGAAGUGGAUCACUGAAACUAUAAAAUCAGAAAGUACUUCUGACUGCAUAAGAACAGGAAGUGAAGCAAGGAUCAUCAUUGAUUUGUGAACAAGAUUUUGUGUUUGCCAUUGGAUCUUUAUAGUAGCUGUAAAUGUUUGCGUAGGAAGGUUUGUAAUUAAAAGGAUUUUAAUUUUUUAUUGGUUCCCCAGUGCUGCUUAACAUACAGCAUUAUGUUCGUGCUGAACAGAACAGCAUGGAAAAAUACUUUUCCAAGGAAGAGGUGUUCAAGUUAUUCUGUCUUAUUCUCAGAGUAUUUAGGGUAUCGUGUUUACUUCAUUGGUAAUGCAGAUGCAAGGGUCUCCUGGAACUCUUAUUUUAUUCGUCCCAGCUACACUUCAUAUUGGAAGUUGAUGAAAUGCAGAUCAAGUUUUUUUUUUUUUUAUGUUUUGUUGGCCUUUUAUGAAAGUUAGACUUUGGUUUUAUCAAUAUUUAUUUAUACUUGUGUUAGAAAGCAAGCUGAAAACUUAAUUUGAAUAAGGUUCACAAAAUCAUAUGAGGUGUACUGUACAGUUUAGUUUGAUUAAGAUAAUGGUUUUGUCUCAUUUUACUGAAAGUGGAAGUGUCUCACUAGAGAUUGCUUUUUUUUUUUUUAUAUAAUACAUAUAUAUAUAUAUUUUGAGACAUGGUGUGAGUCUGUAUGCUUCUUAGUGUACCUGUUGUGAUGUGCGAUUUAUAGAAGAGACUAGUUUUUAUUAGAUUAUGGCACGGAAUAUUUUUUCAUUUCUCUGGUGACUUGAGUGCACAAAUAUCUACAUUCUCUUUUCCCCCUUUUUUCCUUUUCAAGAUUUUGUGGAAUCUUGGUUUAUGGUUCUAUUUUACCUUGUAGAUUGAUUUAGCCCUGCAGUUCAGUGUUGCACCAUGGAAGAGUAGUGUAUCCUGAGGAACUAAUCACUAGUGUUUAAGAGACGAAGUAAAGAAACCUCUUAUGAAUAAUGUUUUCAUGCUGCAUGUUGUUCAUUUAUAUAUCAUUUCAUAUUUACGGGAGCUAGUUUCUCAAAAGUAAAUGAUGUUGUAUGUAUCAUUUGUUCAGUGUAUGAUAUUGAAACCUGUUCAAUUGAUAGUUAUGUUGUGGAAGGAUGUGUAUGUAACAUGUCAAUUUUAAUGUUUGCAAGGUGACCUCAGCAGUAAGAGCCUCAUAGCAUUUGUAAGGGUAAAUCAAUAGCUUUUUAGUGGUUAUUUCUUAUUCAAGGUAAUAUUUCACCGUAGGCGAACACAGUCGACUUUUAAUGGAUAAAUCGUCUUUGUCGGGUAGACCCAUAGUAGUACUGUGCAUACGUAGUUGAGAUCGAGAUGCAGGAUGCGUUGAGCAGGUACUCUUCUUCUUCAUAAAUUUACAGGGCAUUUUCCAAAGUAUUGUACAACGUGAUCUCGUUUGACCUGAUGGUUUUAUUGUGGCCACAAUUCUCUAGUGUUGGGUGGACCUGAGAAUAUGCAGAUUGAUGUCUCAUGAGUUAAUUCCAGUCUUUUGAGGAUUUUGUUUCAAGUUUAGUAUAUAUGUAUCAAAGUGAAAUUGUUUUAUAGUUCAUUGAUUAUCUCAGUUGCAUGUAAAGACUUCAGAAUUUGGCACAUAUUGAUUAGUGUCUGAAAGGCACAGUGUAGAUAGUACAAGUGGUUUCAUGGAGCAGUUGCCAAUAGGAGGCCCUCUCUACCAACAUAAUCAGAUAUUUAGUUUUAUAAGGUGUAUAUUUUGAACACUUCACUCAUUUCUGUAUCAUACACACUUUCUGACAGCUCAAGACACAAAACGUGCCACAUAUUGGAUUUGAGAUCGGUAUCGAUAUGAAAUAAAUUCUUCUCUGAGCAAUUUAUAUGCUUAUUAAAAACAUAAACAAUGUAGCUUCAGGGUUGUGUCUUGUUGCUUGUGCAAGAAUAAUGGUGUAUUAACUCGGGUACUGUACAUGUCAUGUCAAUUGAUCCUCCUGUUGACAAAGGCAGAGUAAUUUGAUGUUCUUCCAUGUCAGUUCCCUUUGUAGUCGAGCUUUUUACUUGCAUUGUCUAGGAGCUAGUUUUUUUCUCUCUCUCUCUCUCUCUCUCUCUCUCUCUCUCAAAAAAGCAUUUUACAGGUAAUCUCAGUCUAUCCUGAUAUAUAUAUUUUGUUCCUAAGCACAGUAUAAGAUGAAUUGGUUUAUAUUUAAAAUGCAAGUAAAGUUUUCCACUAUGAUAUUGUAGUUAGGUCAAUCAUGCCUCAUACCAUAUAUAUAUCACAUUUCCCUCACAGUUGGGUCUUCAUCAUAUUUUGUAUGCUUCUGCUUACAUGUAACCCUCCAAGGAUUUUUUUUUUUAUUAUUUAGUGAGAUAGAUUUACAAUAGAUCAUGGAUUACAAUAAAAUCAGGGUUUGUAGUUUAGUAUCAGAAUUAGCAGUUCACACCAUAGGUAAAGGGUUUAGGAUGCUAGAAGCAGAUUUUAAGGUUUCUAUCAACCCAUUUGAGAUAGCCUAGACUUUUGCCACCUUGUUACAUAUUAACUCUCUCCAAGUUGGUUUUUUGGCAGGGUGGUUUUAGAAACUUAUUUUUUCCAUGAUCAGUUUUUAAUUUUUCACAUAGCCUGUUCGUUGCUGGAACACACAGGCACAAAACAUUGACAUUUGGCUGUCUUUUUCAUUGUACUUUUUCUUUUGAGAUCUCAUUGAUAUAGGAAGCAGCUCCACAUUUUAACUCCCUUUUUUUCCUUUCAAUUUUUGCAAAUCAUCAUGCUGUACAUUGUAUACGAAAUGCCCUCAUUGAAUAUUUAAAGCUUGCGUCAUUUGGCUGAUGGAGAAAAUCUUUCCUAAUUUAAGGAUUUUAAGGGUUUAUUUAUAUUAAUUAAAGACUUACUUCAGUAUAGGAAUUGUACUUUCUUCCCUCUCUUCCUUCUCUUCAUUACAUUCCCCAUUAGCCAAAUGUUACAGUAAAUAGUUCAGUCUUAGUACUGUACUUAAAAUUGUAAUGAACCAAAUGUUAAGUGAUUAUGUACCAGUCAAUUAUACUUGGAUAUUUGUUU